UACACGUGUGAUAUUUUUACCCAUAAACACACUGAACAGCUCAGGGGCUUUAAUGGACUAUACAAAAAGCUAUUUUGAAGAAGACACAAUCUCAGUAAUAAAAUUGUUAUUGGAAAGUUCAACGACAGUAUGCUGCUUACCAGAUGAGCAUGGGAUGACCCCUUUACUUGAAGCAACAGUGAACUCUUUUUUAUCCGUUGUUAAAGCCAUAAUUGACUACUGCCCAGAGUCCGUUGAAAUAUGCGAUUUUAUGGGUAAAAAUAUCCUGCACCACAUAAAAUUACCAACUUUCUUAGAGGCAAGGAAGUUUUUGCAGACCCCAGAAAUUUGUGCUUUGAUGGAUCAACAAGAUGAAGAUGGCAAUACGCCGGUGCAUAUAGCUAUAAUGAACUGCGACUACAAUAUGGUGAAGGCCAUGUUUGAGUGCAACGCCAACUUUGUUAUAAAAAAUAAUGAGGGUUCCAUGGCUGCUACUAUGAUUCACUCAGAAUCAAGUUCCUUCCUUGAUAAAGUGAAAGGCAGCAUGAAAGGGUCAAUAAUUAACUAUAUAGACAAAAUGAUGAGCAAAGAGUUGUAUGAAGAAGCUGGUCAUGGGGGUUGGCAAUCCUUAACAAAAAGACUCGAGGAGGCCGCUGAGAGUGAUCAAAGGCAGUUUUUAUAUCAACUACCAGAUGGCAACAACAUUGUUCAUGUAGCAAUGGAGGAGUGUCAGAUAGAUAUCCGUGCCGAGAUUUUAGAUAUCCCGGCCAAUGAAUAUCGUAUAUCAUCACAGGAAAUCUUCGUUGUGAAAGCUCUAGAGAAAUUUCCAAUCUUAUCUUGCCAAACAAAUCUUUACGGGGAGACACCUCUUCAUAUUGCAAUGUCGCGUAAGAUAUUCAAACCUGAUACUAUGCCCUUUAGAUUCUUGCAGCAUCAUCUCAAACAGAUAAAAAGUUUUCCACUACCUCCAUGGAAAGCAAAAGAUGCAGAGGGAAGUACCCUCCUCCACCGAACUCUAUCUUAUAGCAGGUAUAAACUCGCAGAAUGCUUAAUAGAGCUAGAUGCAAACUUAGUUCGAGAGGUCAACAAUUCUAAGGAAACUUGUCUUCACAUUCUAUGCCGUCGUGGCUCGCAACGGGCAUCAAUUCAAAAAGAGUUAUGUUAUAUGGUGGACCUCAUACUUCAAAAAGAUGUCACAUUAGUCUAUUUGUGUGAUGCUGAGGGUCUAACCCCUUUUUUGAGGGCAGUUCUACAUCGUCGGUUAAAGGUAGCUGCAAGAAUACUACACCACUGUCCCCAGUCAAUAAAACAAUAUGAUUCUCAACUUGGUAGGAGCAUUUUUCACCUCAUAUCCUUUGAACGCAACGACGAUAUGAUUGAAGAGUUCUGCAAAGUACCACAAAUGAAGCAUCUGAUGACAAUUAAUGAUGAUAAAGGAAAUUCUGCACUACAUACUUCUAUAAAGCAGCGCCGAUUUGGCACAGUCAAGUUCUUAAUGGAAAAGCAGGAUGACAAAAUGAACUACCGUCUAAUCAAUGAAGAAGGCAAGACAGUUGGCGACGUACUAGCCAAAACACAAAAUGUUCCUCGUUGGUUUCAAGAGUUCCUCUUAUCAAAAAGUCUAGAACUACCAGAAGUUGCUUGGAGUGGUAAAACUUUAUACGGUAUCCAACACUCAGAUAUGAAGGAGUACAUGGGCACACUAGGGGUAGUGUCUGCUUUAUUAGCAACAAUGACAUUCACAGCAGCAUUCACAGUCCCUGGAGGAUACAAUGAUGAAACUGGAACUCCAAUUUUAGCCAAAAAAGUUGCAUUUCAGAUAUUCAUGUUUACAGAUGUAGUAGGAAUGUGCAGCUCCAUUAUGGUGUUAUUCUGCCUUCUUUGGUUCCUUAACACAGGCCAACUUGAAGAAGAAGGAUCCGCGCUUGUAGAUUCAAGCAUUGGUUUACUCCAACUAUCAUUCUACUCGACUCUCAUUGCUUUCAUGACUGGUGUGUAUGUAACAAUAAUGCCGGACAUACAAUGGUUGGCCAUCUUCACCUGUAUUCUCUGCAGUGCUGUACUCUUGUUGAUGAGGAAACGCUUUAUCUUGUAUUUCGCGUAUGUGUUUCGCGUCCUAUUUAUAUUGUUAGAAUUGGGCGCAUUUUUGCUGGGCGCAUGCGGUAAGCUGAUAGCUCAUAGCUUGAAAUCUAGGUGCUGGAGCCAAGCAAACAGACCCUGAUGGGCACCAACUAACUUUAAAGUUGGUUGGUGUAUAUAUACCUGCGAGAGGUGUCAAUUCAAUAUUGUAAUUUUUUUUACUGUUGUAUGCCUUAUUUGUUGGUUUGGCUAGUUUGUGGCCCGUUAGUUUUGAAGUUCUUAACCUAUAGGGCCCUAUUUAUAGGUUUGUUUAUGGCUUGAACUUUAGGUUGUAUAGUGUUUGAACUAUUUGAGCUUUUAUAAUAUAUCUCGC